AUGCGACCUAGGAUUGCCCACCUGCGCAAACUGUGCCAAGGCAAAUCAAGAAUGCCAGGGAUACGGUCUCCGUCUGUCCUGGCCGCGGCCUGGGGACAAGAGAAGAACGAUCCUGGUAGAAACCCCGUCAAGAAAUACACUUGCUGCAGAUCUCUUCCCACACAACCGGGGAGACUGGCCUUUUGUCAACAUGCACUCUUGGCACAUAUCGUCGUGGUUAAAUCUAGUGGAAGGGAGAACGGAGGCGCCAUAUCAAAGAGUAAACGAAGCACCAUUACCGAGGACCACGUCGCUCUCAUUGAUAGAGAAGAACGAGUCAACAUUGCUCCACUAUUCUCUGAAGAUAUACAGGAAGGCCACCGCUUUCUCUUAACUCCGCCUCUCGGAUCCUUACCGCGCCUUCUCCUCCAAAUUGGCCUCUCAGAUUUCUCAUUACCUUCGAGAGCAGUCUUUAACGGUAUUCUAGCACUCUCUUGUUUGCAUUUGUGGGGAGAUCAAUAUGCCUCAGUCUUUAAAGCAAGGGCAACCUCGCUCCUCCGAGCCUCGCUGAACCCUGAAAGUUCAAUCAAGGUUGCCGUAAGCAAUCUCGUCACUAGCAUGCUCCUAUAUCUUUACGAGACUGUCCACCCAUCUUCCUCACAUGCUUGGGCAGUGUAUUUAUGCGGAGUCAAAAGGAUCGCGCAGUCUAACAUCGUGACUAAGAGUGCUGGAUCUGCGCACCCCCAAAUCGUGUUUAACUGGGUAUACUAUCAUGAAACCAUUGCCCAGUUUGGGCAAUUGUAUUGGACACAGAAGCAUCCUUCACCCGUCUGUCGCGGAAAAUCAUCGAAGGAAUUGAGACAAGGCCCAGACGUGUCGGAAAUAGAUCCUGGUAUGAUUGGCUGCUCUAUUGAUAUAUUGGAGGGCAUGUCGACCAUUUUUGAUAUUGCCAUGCAGUCAGAUAUUCCGUCCUCUAAGCGACAAGAGCUCCUUGGCGUUGAAUCGCAACUGAGGCGCAUGAUCUCGGCUCUUCCUAAGCUCACAGAUGGUAAUGAAACCUCUUCUAGCUUGCAUGCGACCACUCAGCUUCACUGCAUCGCAGCAUUAAUCUAUAUGAAUCGCGCAACGCUGGGGUACGAUGGAACGGAGCCUUCACACCAAGCCCUCGUUGAGAAAGGUCUAGAAGUAUUGACCAACAUAGUCCCCUGCGAAACUCCCUGGGCUUUGUUUAUAAUAGCCUGCGAGGUCAGGUCAGAUCUGCCGCGAUUGCUCAUUCUCGAGGUCAUCUCGCGAUCGAAGAAAGAAUCUAGAACCGGACACCUAGAUGUAGUUAAGGGCCUGGUGGAAGCAGUUUGGAACUACGACGAUCUUGAUCCGGAUGCGAGGCUUGAUUAUAACAAGAAGUUGCUGAGAAUUGUUCGGGAAGCCCUAUGGAUGCCACCUUUUGUCUAG